CACAAGCUCCGCCCACCAGGUUGCGUUAUGAAAGCAGAGCAGUGGGAAUGACGACGGAGUCACAGCAAACAAAGCCCCUUAAAACCGAGAUCCGCUGCGAUGCUUCGUGUCACCACUACGUCUCUGUGCGCCUCCUGCCAGAAGAUGAGGCUGCGCCUGCCUCCCUCCGCCUCCCUCACCUCCCACAGCAAACGGCAGGAGAAUCAACGCACGGUUGACUCUCUGUACGAGCUGUCAGUGGACAUCAGAAAGGUCCGCAAGCUGAAGGGUUGGGUCUUGUCUGAGAAGACCGCCUAUGUGGCUGAGACAGCCGGUCUGCUGAGAGACAUGGGCGCCGACACGGCGGUGAUCGCCCACAUCCUGGAGACCCACCCUGAGGCCGUCCUGUGCCGACCAGAGGACGUGGAGGCCCAGCGGGACCUCUGGGGGUCCGUAUGUUCCGGCCAACGCGCCCUUCUGAGCAUCAUCGAGAAGUUCCCAGCUUCCUUUUUCACUGUAAGCCACCACAGCAACCAGCAGGCCAACAUCCUCUACCUCCAGAGCCUUCGCCUCAACAAGAAGAUCAUCAGCAAGCUGAUGGCCAGCGCGCUGCAGAGCUUCAGUCGACCUGUGGAGAGCAACCAGGAGGUGAUCCACACCCUCAGAGAGACCUACUUGGACCUGGGCGGGGAUGAGGGUAAUCUCCGGGUUUGGCUGCAGAAGCUCCUCAGCCAGAACCCGUACAUCCUGCUGCGUCCAGCCGAGAGCUGGAGGGACAGUUUGGGCUUCCUGAGGGAGAGGGGCUUCACCACGGAGGAGCUGCUCAGCCUGGUGUCCAGCCUCAGAGCCUCCAUCUCCGAGCUGCAGCCUGAAGCCAUGCGGCAGGCGCUGGCCUACGUCCAGGAUGCUCUCAGCUGCUCCGAGGACGAACUGAAGCAGGUCGUGAUCCGCUGCCCGGCCAUUUUGUACUACUCACUGGCCACCUUGGCGGGACGCUUUCAGGGACUGAUGGAUGCCGGGGCGAGCGUCGAGCAGGUGAAGGAAUCCCCAAACGUCUUGGAGCUCACCACGCAGAUAGUGCUGUAUCGGAUCCAUAAGCUGGCAUCCUAUGGGUACGACGUUCGCUCCGGCAGCUUGGACGUAAUCGUAGGAACCAAGAAGGACUUUGAGAUGAGCUACGCUAAGCUGAACCUCCGGCAGCAGAGGCCGCUCUUUAACCCUGUGGCUCCACUCAGGACUGCUGAGGAGUGAAGAACGAGACUAAUGCUAAUAAACUGGUAGAUGUUGACCUGAUAAACCACAUCACUUUAAAAAUCUUUCAAAUGUGGAUACAGGCUUCAAAAUACAGGCUCAACACGCAGUUUAUGGUUCUGAUAUUCCUCUUGAAUUUUGGGACAACAGACAUUUUGAAAAUGGACACACAAAAAAAAUGAUUUCUAUGCUUCAAGAUAUACAAACACUUUCAUUUUACAUAUUAAUUUUCAAUGGGGGCCAUCUUGAAAAAUGAAAAAGUUAUCAGCAAAUAUGAUUUCUAUGGCUCUAAUUAUGUAUCACUUGAAACCAAAAGUAUUCAACUCUGAUUAAUAUUGGCAGAUUUCCUUGAUGACCACGGCAGCCAUCUUGAAUUUUUCAGUGGCUAAUUUCUGAUUUAUUUAUUUACUUUUCUAAAGCCCCUUGGAACAUUUUGCCAAGUUAGGGUCUUGUAUCUGUAUUUGAAAGAUUUUGAUGAAAUAUUCAAUUAUCUGCAGCACCAAUCUGUAAAUUAUUCAAUACCCAACAUAAGAGCCUCUUUUUGUUGCCUUAAUGACUGUUUUAUGUUUGAAUCUACUCACUUUGAUGUGACCUUACUUUAUUUAUUUAAAGAUAUAUCUUUUGUGGGAAGAGAAGCAGCCUUUAGUUGUAAUACUCCUCUAAUCUGGAAUAAACUGUUUAAAUCCUAA